CUUCAAUUCUGGCUCUAGCUACUCUCAACACCUCUUACUUCAGAAUAGUCACGCUUCCCAGUCUCCAAUUACAACCAUGUCAACUUAGAAGUCGAUAAAUUAAUUAGGGGAGAACUCUCUGAGAUCCGAGCAAUCACCCAAAAAACCAUGGAACAACCCAGGACAACAUCCACUGAUUCCCAACCAAAUUCUUUUACAAAGUUCCGUGCUUCUUCUUCUUCUUCUACCUCAAGACGGAGACCUCCCGGCCCUAGACAACCCAGUGAUGACUCUGAGCCGUCCUUGAACAUCGACGGUGAGCCCGCUUCCAACGUUUCCAUAACUAACAGACCUGGUGACAGUGUUUUGCAACCAACGUCAUCAUCUCUAGUCUCUUCAAAGCCUGCAAGGGACAUCUUACGUGCAGCUGAAGAAGAACACACGGUUGCUGCUUCUACAAAGAUUCAGCGGCAAAGCAUGAUCACUGAAGCAAAAACGGAUAUUGAGUCCCCACUUGAACGUUUAAAGAAAUUGUCGGAAAUGGAAGCAGAAAGUAAUGUUGUUGUAGAAAUUGCUUAUAUUGUUAAUUCCUUGAAAGCCUCAUCUUCUUCAAAAGGUAUUCCGGAAGAGAUAAUUAAAAAGUGCCAAGAAGGAGAAAUGAGCCUGCGACAAGGUUUGAUGUUAGCCAAGAAAGCGCAAGAACUGCUGCGAUCUGCUCUUGAUGAAGGGCUUUUCUCUGCCUGAAUAAAUUCUGCUCAUAAAAUUUUCAUAUUCACUUGUGAUUGCAUAUGCUUGUGCCCUUUUGCGAAAGCCAAAAUGGAUUGUUUGUUGUAUUACUUUCCUUUCUCUAUCUUACUUAAUUUCAAGGAUAGUAUCACUGCUUAAAUUUC